UCUACAGGUGGUAGGCAAAGCUCACGUGUUGACAAAGUUCGCAACGAUAAGAAGAAGUUGAAGCAGAUACUAGCUUUAAUGAAGGGUGGAGAUGUUUCAGUUGAUGAACUGAAGAAAUUGAAGAGAAUGAAGAAGAAGAUCAAAGAGAGACUGACUCGUCCUGUAAAUGGUGAUCUAGGUGAUGCAGGGUCUGAUGGUGGUAGUGAAUUUGAGGAGUCCAGCACGCAUCUAGACUGUUCUGAAACUGGUGAUAGGAAAGGAAAGAAAAGAAAGAAGAAAAGAUCAGUUUCUGAGGAAGUUGAGAAGAAAAAGGUGAAGAAAGACGAAAGUGAUGAUGAAGAAUCCGGUGAUGAUGAGAGUGGUGAUGAUGAUGAUGAUGAUGACGAAGAAGUUGAAGCUAUUGAAGAAAAUGAGUUGCCAGGCAGCAGUCUAGGAGCUGAGGUUGCUAUGGACACCUCGUUUGCAUCUCUGAAAGAUAAAGUGGCCGAACAGACUCUGAAGGCGAUAGAGGACAUGGGAUUCACCCACAUGACUGACAUCCAGGCCAAGGCUAUACCGCAUCUCUUGGAGGGGAGAGAUUUGAUGGGAGCUGCUAAAACAGGCAGUGGUAAAACUCUGGCGUUUCUAAUCCCAGCUGUAGAGUUGAUGUAUAAACUGAAGUUCAUGCCGCGGAAUGGGACAGGGUGUAUCGUGAUCUCCCCGACACGAGAACUGUCGAUGCAGACGUUCGGAGUGUUGAAGGAAGUGUUGAAGUAUCACUGUCACACAUAUGGGCUCAUCAUGGGGGGCACGAGCAGACACGAGGAGGCGAAGAAACUCACCAAGGGCAUUAACAUCGUUGUAGCAACGCCGGGAAGACUGCUAGACCAUUUACAGAACACGUCUGAGUUCAUGUACAAAAACCUGCAGUGUUUGAUCAUUGACGAAGCAGACCGGAUACUCGACAUGGGCUUUGAAGAGGAGAUGAAGCAAAUCAUUAAGUUAUUACCUAAGAGACGACAGACCAUGCUGUUUUCUGCGACUCCAACGAGAAAGACGGAAGAUUUAGCGCGGGUCUCGUUGAAGAAAGAACCGCUGUAUGUAGGGGUGGAUGACAGCAAGGAAAAAGCCACAGUGGAAGGAUUGGAACAGGGCUAUGUCGUGUGUCCAUCAGACAAGCGGUUUCUUCUCUUGUUCACGUUCUUGAAGAAGAAUCGCAAGAAAAAGGUGAUGGUGUUCCUCAGUUCAUGCAUGUCUGUCAAGUACCACAAUGAACUUCUCAACUACAUAGACCUACCGGUCAUGUGUAUACAUGGUAAACAGAAGCAAGCGAAACGCACCCAGACAUUUUUUCAGUUUUGUAAUGCGAAAGAAGCCAUCUUGCUGUGUACGGAUGUCGCAGCUCGAGGUUUGGACAUCCCGCUAGUUGAUUGGAUAGUCCAGUACGACCCACCAGACGACCCAAAGGAGUACAUCCAUCGCGUUGGAAGGACAGCUCGAGGCGAUGGUGGAGUCGGCCAUGCACUUCUCAUCCUCAGACCCGAGGAGCUGGGAUUUCUCCGCUACCUCAAACAGGCCAAGGUUCCUCUCAACGAGUUUGAGUUUUCCUGGAGCAAAAUAUCAGACAUUCAACCCCAGCUGGAGAAGUUGAUCAGUCAGAACUACUUUCUGCACAAGUCUGCACAGGAGGCGUACAAGUCUUACGUGAGGUCCUACGCAUCACACAGUCUGAAGAACAUCUACAAUGUCAACACCCUCGACCUCAACAAGGUGGCACUCUCGUUUGGCUUUCAAGUGCCACCCUAUGUCCACCUGGAUGUCAAUGCCAGCAAGAGUGAACGUAUUCAGAAGCGUGGAGGAGGUGGUGGCUUUGGGUAUCAGCGCAGCAAGUUUACCCAGAAGACGAAGAUCUACAAGAACAUUGGUGAAGGCAAGAAGAGAGCCCGGCACUAGCAGGAGAACACAUGUUAGACAGACGCUAAUGGUCAUGUUGGAGGCUUCUUGUCAUGUUGGAGGCUUGUCUAGAGGCUUCUUGUCAUGUUGCAGGCUUCUUGUCUGGAGGCUUCUUGUCAUAUUGGAGGCUUCUUGUCAUGUUGGAGGCUUCUUGUCCUGUUGGAGGCUUCUUGUCUGGAGACUUCUUGUCAUGUUAGAGGCUUCUUGUCAUGUUGGAGGCUUCUUGUCAUGUUGGAGGCUUCUUGUCUGGAGGCUUCUUUUUAUGGGACAUCUGCUUACUGAGAUGUCUGUCCAUAGAGUCGAGAUGCUUACAUCCAAACAUUGGUUGGCAGCUGAUGUUAACCAGGAGCUAAAUAUCUUGCAUAGGUCUACUUGACAGAUCUACACUCUUAAGUCUUUAGGUCUAGAUCUUUAGAGAUCUACCCUACAGGUAUAUUUAAGACUAUAUUUUUAGGUCUAUUUUACAGGUCUGGGGUCUAUUUCACAAAACAUUGUAAGUUUAUGUCUGUGACUAGCAGUCAUAUCAGACAUAUAUUUGGAUAUACAUUUACAUGUGUUUGGCAUCUAAAAUUACAUCAUCACGGAAGAUGGAGUAUUUUAAAGACAAAUGAAAUAUGUGUACUACAAACUGUAUUGGGUGUGCAUGCAAAAUUAGGCUUACAAUGUUUUGUAAAAUUGAGCCCUGAUUUAUAGGUCUGUAGACCAAACCUAUGUCAAGCAUUCACAUGAGACUAAUAAAAUGUGUGCCUGAUUAAUACAGAUUAAUAGUUAUAUACUAUAAUAUAUUACAAUACUGUACACAACAAAUGAAGUAGAUUGGUCCUUGUUCUUAAGAAAAGUGUACAAUUUUAAAGCAAUAUAUUAUGUCACUGAACGAUAGAUUCCAUUUCUUUAUAGUUUAGUGCAUUUUGGUGAAAUAAUUUCCACUUUCACUUUUUAACUUACACAACAACUUGGCAUUAAUUUUAGAACAAAGUUAUGUUAUAGAAGAAUGCAUCAUCUUCACAAAUAUUACAAGGUGUAAUAUUGACAGUGUCGAUGCUGAAUCUUUUAUGUUUAAUGCAAUGUGUACAUAGUAUGUGUUGUACUAUAGAGAAUAUGCAUAGCACUAUUCAUUUAACAGACAUUUCCAUUUAGAUACGUGAAAAGUAUACUAUUAGGAUGAAUUCAUCAUUGUUCUGGUGAUAGUAGGCUACUUGUUUUUAAAUUGUCAUGAAGUUCACCAACCACUACCAUUAUAUUAUGGCAGCAUAUGUGUAAUAAAAAAUUUAAUAUCA